AUGAGACUCAGUGAUCUUUUCUUUUUGGCUGCUGCGGCCGGCUCUGCAGUGGCUGCACCUGCCAAGAAGAUAUCAAAGAGAGCCUCUGCUUUUGAAUGGUUUGGUGCAAAUGAGUCUGGCGCCGAGUUCGGCAAUGCUAAUAUUCCGGGUGUUUAUCUCAUUCGAUCACCCUGGCAGGGAACCGAUUACAUCUUCCCCGAUACUAGCACGAUUCAAACCCUGAUUGACCAGGGUAUGAAUAUAUUCCGGGUCACGUUUCUGAUGGAGCGUCUUGUUCCGGAUAGCCUGUCGGGCUCAUUCGACAGCAACUACUUGAACAACCUGACAACAGUGGUUAACUAUAUCACUGGAGCCGGGGCGCAUGCUGUGAUCGAUCCCCACAACUUUGGCAGAUACAAUGGUGAAAUCAUCUCCAGCACUUCGGACUUCCAAACCUUUUGGGAGAAUGUCGCAGGACAGUUCAAGUCGAACGACUUGGUCAUCUUCGACACGAACAACGAAUAUCAUGACAUGGACCAGACCCUCGUCCUGGACCUGAACCAAGCCGCGAUCGACGGGAUCCGCGCCGGGGGGGCAACCUCGCAAUACAUUUUCGUCGAGGGCAACUCGUACUCAGGGGCGUGGACGUGGACAGACGUGAAUGACAACUUGAAGGAUCUGACAGACCCGCAAGACAAGAUCAUCUAUGAGAUGCAUCAGUAUCUGGACUCGGACGGAUCCGGGACCAGCGAGACAUGCGUGUCGACGACGAUAGGGGAGGAGCGCGUGACGAGCGCGACCCAGUGGCUCAAGGAUAAUGGAAAAGUGGGCAUCUUGGGGGAGUUUGCGGGCGGCGUCAAUGAUGAUUGCAAGACGGCCAUCACAGGGAUGCUGGACUAUCUGGCGGAUAACACCGAUGUGUGGAAGGGCGCAAUGUGGUGGGCGGCUGGGCCAUGGUGGGGCACGUAUAUCUUCAGCCUGGAGCCCCCAAGCGGGACGGCAUAUACGGGCAUGAUGUCCACGUUGGAGCCGUACUUUGCGUAA